UGUCUUUAAGGGGGCCAGACACCUGUGUGUGCCAAAUGUUGUGUGUGUGACGGUCCGGCCUCCGCCGAGGCUGCGCGCGCCUCUGCAAGGACGAUAAUCACCGAAACAGGGCAGGGUGCGUGGGGGGGGUGGGAGCGCGCGCGCUGUCUGACACAGCGGCGGCUGCAGCCUGCGCGCGUGGUUUGCACAGUGACAACAAGGAUCGCGAGCGAACUAGGUGGUGUUUGCAGGGAAAGAAAGCGGCCUCGCGCGCGCGCCACGGCGUCUUGCGCUGUUUCGAGCAGUUUGACGGAAAGCGAAACCUCGAGCCGUGGUCAACUUCUCAAAGUCUCCAAGUGCGCGAGAGCUGUCUUAUUAUUUCUCGGCGGCUCUCUCGAUGAACAAGAAGAAGAUAAACGAAGGCUGCAUGUGUAACCAGAGGUGGAAUCUCCGUGCUCCAGACGCGUGACCGAAAUCAGCCGGGACACUUAGAGACGGAAAUCUUCGCGCGGAGCGCGCGUGCAUCGGCGCGUUCGUGCGUGGAUCCGUCUUUCUCACGGCGACCGCAUCGCGUUUGAUGACAUGAACUAUUCAGGUCGCCUUGUGAAAGCAGAUUAAGAGUAAUGCCUACCCGGUGAAGCCGUAAACCCGCACGGGAUUGUUGUUGUGAAAAUGCGCGAUGUUGCACGGGCGGCAGACGCGAGCGCCACGUUACUAACGUUAGUAGGCAUCUAGGAGGAGCGCGCGCGCGACACUCUUCACACGACGUUUAGCAGGCGUACUGAUCGGCUCCUCCAAGAUGAGCCAGGAUCUCGAAGGGAUUUCCCUGUCUGUUCCCUCGAUCGGCCCGGCGUCUCACGAGGUGGGGGAUGCACGCGUGGGUCCCGCGUGCCCCCGCGGGGAUCUCGGCGCGGGCGGCGGCGGCGCCGCCAGCGCGCGCCUCGUGCCUGCAGCCGGGACCUUCUGGCAGGAAGCGGGGGUCGCUGGGUGCCUGGACUCCCCCUCGGCCGCCGCGAGCUGCCCCAUGAUGGACGGGAUCAGCCUGCUGUCCGCCGGGAAAUCGUGCAGGAGCAGGACGGUGACGGUGACGGUGGUGUACGUUAUCAACAGCGACACGAGCCUGGCGCACGCGGCCGAGAGCGCGGCGCUGCAGUGCCUGAGGGAGGCGUGCGACACGGUGGGCUGCAAGCUGAACACCGUCCACUUCGGCAAGCUGGACUUCGGGGAGACUGCCGUGCUGGAUCACUUCUACAACGCAGACAUUGCCGUGGUGGAGAUGACAGACGCUUUCCGUCAGCCUUCCCUCUUCUACCACUUAGGUGUGAGGGAGAGCUUCAGCAUGGCCAACAACAUCAUCUUGUACUGUGACUCCAACUCUGACUUGUUGCAGUCACUGCAGGAGAUUAUUUGCCAGAAGAACACUACAUGCACAGGAAACUACACCUUCAUCCCCUAUGUGGUGACACCCCACAACAAGGUGUACUGCUGCGAGCGCAGUGUAAUGAAGGGUCUGACAGAGCUCAUGCAGCCCGGGUUUGAGGCGUUGCUGGGGCCCAUCUGUAUGCCCUUAGUGGACCGCUUCAUACAACUGCUCCGAUUGCCGCAGCCCAAUUCCUGCCAGUACUUCCGGGAGACCAUUCUGAACGAGAUCCGCAAAGCAAGGGAGCUGUACACGGGCUCGGAGCUGGAGGCUGAGCUGAGGCGCAUCCAGCACAGGCUGGACAAUGUGGAGUGCCUGUCAGCCGACAUUGUAAUCAACCUGCUGCUCUCCUACAGAGACAUCCAGGACUAUGAAUCCAUUGUGAAACUGGUGGAGACUCUUGAGAAGCUCCCAACCUUUGACCCUGUGGCCCAUCCUCAUGUGAAGUUCCACUAUGCCUUUGCCCUGAACAGGAGGAACCUUCCAGGUGACAGGCAGAAAGCUCUGGACAUCAUGCUGCCUCUGGUGGAGUCUGAAGAGCAGGUGGCAUCGGACAUCUACUGCCUUGUGGGCCGCAUUUACAAAGAUAUCUUCCUGGACUCCCACUUUGCCGACACAGAGAGUCGAGAUAGGAGCAUACGGUGGUUCAAACAGGGGUUUGAGUCAGAGCCAACACUGCAUUCUGGGAUAAACUAUGCCGUUCUGCUCCUGGCUGCUGGACACCAAUUUGACACGUCCUUUGAACUGCGCAAAGUCGGGGUAAAAUUGAGCAGCCUGCUGGGGAAGAAGGGCAGUCUGGACAAACUGCAGAGCUACUGGGAUGUAGGCUUUUUCCUUGGGGCCAGCAUCCUGGCCUGUGACAACACCAGAGUCAUCCAGGCCUCAGAGAAGCUCUUCAAACUCAAGGCUCCAGUCUGGUAUCUAUGCUCAAUUGUGGAGACAAUAUUGAUUUACCAGCACUUCACAAAGGCAUCAGGGGAGCAGCAAUCGCCAAAGCAGGAACUCGUGGAGUUCUGGAUGGACUUCCUGGUGGAAGCAACAAAGCAGGAAGUUUCCUCUGUGCGGUUCCCGGUUUUGAUAUUAGAGCCAACAAAGAUCUAUCAGCCAUCAUAUUUGACAAUAAACAAUGAUGUAGAGGAGAGAACUGUUUCCAUCUGGCAUGUCGCACCGGAAGACAAGCAGAAAGCACUUCACGAGUGGAACUUCCCAGCCACACUGGUGCGAGGCGUGAGCAUCUCCAAAUUUGACGAGCGAAGCUGCUUCCUGUAUGUGCUUCACAACUCCGAGGACUUCCAGAUCUACUUUUGCACGGAAAGGCACUGCAAAAGAUUUUGUGACCUAGUGAACAGCAUCACGGAAGAGGCACGUAGGGCUCCAGAGGAGGCUGACUGUGACAACACGGAGCCUCUGGAGUAUGACUAUGAGUACGACGAGCACGGGGAGCGGGUGGUGCUGGGAAAAGGGACAUUUGGUGUGGUGUAUGCAGGACGGGACCUGAGCAACCAAGUCCGUCUUGCCAUCAAGGAGAUCCCUGAGCGGGACAGCAGGUACUCUCAGCCUCUACAUGAAGAAAUUGCGCUUCAUAAACACCUCAAGCACAAGAACAUUGUCCAGUACUUGGGCUCCAUCAGUGAGAAUGGCUUCAUCAAGAUCUUCAUGGAGCAGGUACCUGGAGGAAGCCUUUCUGCCCUGCUGCGGUCCAAGUGGGGACCCCUGAAGAACAAUGAGCCCACCAUCGGCUUCUACACCAAACAGAUCCUAGAAGGCCUCAAGUAUCUGCACGACAAUCAGAUCGCACACAGAGACAUCAAGGGUGACAACGUACUCAUAAACACAUACAGCGGAGUACUCAAGAUAUCUGAUUUCGGGACCUCCAAGAGGCUGGCUGGCAUCAAUCCUUGUACAGAGACGUUUACAGGAACACUGCAGUACAUGGCGCCAGAGAUCAUUGACAAGGGCCCACGGGGAUACGGCAAGCCAGCAGACAUCUGGUCCCUGGGCUGCACCAUCAUUGAGAUGGCCACAGGGAAGCCUCCCUUCUACGAGUUGGGUGAGCCUCAGGCAGCCAUGUUCAAGGUGGGGAUGUUCAAGAUCCACCCGGAGAUCCCAGAGCUCAUGUCUCCAGAGGCCAAGGCCUUCAUUUUGCGCUGCUUUGAGCCUGACCCAGACCGGCGAGCCACUGCCCUGGACCUGCUCACUGACGAGUUCCUCACAGUCACCAGUCGCAAGAAGAAGGGCAAGAGUAACUUCGCAGCUUUGAGUCCUGGAUCAGAAUAUCUCCGGAGCAUCUCCCUGCCUGUGCCUGUGGUUGUCGAGGAUACCAGUAGCAGCAGCGAGUAUGGCUCCGUAUCUCCUGACAAUGACCUCAACACAAACCCUUUCAACUUUAAACCCAGCACCAAAUGUUUCAGUGAGCGUGAGGUCAAAGGCCACAGGUCCCUUUUCUUAAGCAUUCCUGUGGAGAACUUUGAAGACCACAGCGCACCACCAUCCCCAGAGGAAAAGGACUCGGGGUUCUUCAUGCUGAAGAAGGACAGUGAGCGGCGAGCCACACUGCACCGCAUUCUCACCGAAGACCGGGACAAAGUUGUGACUAACCUGAUGGAGGCGCUCACACAGGGAACUGAAGAGACCAAGCUGAAAUGGGAGCACAUCUCCACGCUGGUGGUCAGCCUGGGAAACUUUGUGCGCAUGGCUGACCGCAAGAUCAUUGCCAACACUCUGUCCCAGCUCAAGCUGGAGCUGGACUUUGAUAGCACUGCCAUCAGCCAACUGCAGGUGGCGCUGUUUGGCUUUCAGGACGCAGUGAACAAAGUGCUACGGAACCACAAUAUCAAGCCUCAUUGGAUGUUCGCCUUGGAUAACAUCAUUCGGAAGGCCGUCCAAACGGCCAUCACCAUCCUCGUGCCAGAACUAAGACCACACUUCAGCUUGGCUUCAGAGAGUGACCCUGCUGAGCAGGAAAAUGAGGAUGAUGACAUGGAGCCAAGGACCAGCCCCACCCACCAAAGUCGAGCCCCGCACAGUGCACCACACGAUGACCUUGUUGCCACCUCCGGAGUGAGCACACUCAGUUCCGUCAUUUCCCAGGAGUCACACAAUGCCCAGCGCUCUGUCAGCAUGGAGCUUGGGAGGAUGAAACUGAAGACCAACAGGUUGCUGGAGGAGCUGCUGGAGAAGGAGCGGGAGUACCAGUCCCUCCUGCAGCAGGUCCUGGAGGAGAGGGAGCAAGAAAUAAAACUACUCAAGAUCAAAUCUGAGCCCAGAGGUAAUGCAACAAGCCAAAGGACAUGUGGGGACACCGAACGGAAGGACAUGCAGCAGGGGGACUCGGAACUCAUCGCAUGGUUGGAGUUCCAUGGUGCUGAUGAAGAAGCUGUCCAACAGAUUUUAGCUGAAGAAUACACGCUGACUGACAUCCUUUAUUAUGUAACAAGGGAUGACCUCAAGAGUUUGAGAUUAAGAGGCGGGAUUCUGUGUAAGCUAUGGAAGGCAAUUUUGGACCACAGAGAAAAACAGGAGCCUCCAGAUGAUUGAGCAGCAGUCCUGGGUGUGAUCCAGAGUGGAAUCAGUAUUCUCUUCACAAACUGCACUUUAACCUCAGUAUUUAUUUGACCAAAACUCUUACUUUCAAUCUCCAGUGACAUUGCUUGGUCACUGGAAGUCAAGGUAAUUCCAGUCCUAUUCACUGAGUACUGAUUUUGUGUAAAGUAGUAGGAUACUUCAGUUUGCCUGGAACAAGGUGAUUUUUGGGGUUUCAAAUAUGUUAAUGUGAACCAGAUGUUUUCAAUAACAGUGAAUUUAUUGUUCUACUAAAUGAUGAUUUUGUGAAAAGUCAGUAACUGAUACUAUACAUGUUCAGUUGUUUUGUUGUGCCUCAGUAAGAGUUUAGGUCAUUAGUAAAGCUGAAUAUCCUCUUUAAAUACAGAUCUAUCCAUUUUGGUAGUGACUGCUGUUAGACAUUAGUAGUGUGCAGACAUUGUAUUUAUAAUGCGUUUACAUAAUCCUGAGACUGAAUAUUUUUCUAAACCACUAACUUGAGAACCACAAGCUGAUAUGUAAAUUUCAGUUUUAACUACAGUGCCUAAAGGUGCACCCGUUACAUAUUUUAUUUGUAGUGAAACGCUGUAAAGGGCUUACUCAUAAUAUCGCAUAUGGCUUUGGAGAACUUUUGUGUAUAGGGUUUCUGAAAUGAUUAUGGAACCCACCUCUUUCCUAUUAUUAUAUCACAUGUCUGUGAAGUUAAUCCUUUUGGCACAAAUUCGUAGAACAAAGGAAUGGGUAGGCAACUUUUGAUGCCUGUUUUAUAAUAUGACACAAUGCAAAUGAAAAAAAUCGUGAAUAAUGCAGCCAUUGGGAAUAUACAGUGGGGAACAAAUAUAUUUUUGUUGUACAUUAUGCAGUUUAAGGUAUUUUUUCUGUAUAUAAUCUGUAUAUUCUUAGAAAAAAUGUUCUCAAACUAAAAUUAAUACAGAUGUUUUUUUAAUACACCUGCAUAAUACAAACUAUGUAUAUGAAAUCCCAUUACUAAACAAAAUUAAACUUUAAACUACUUUCUGAAAUAUUGCUGUAAUGUUGUUGGUUAAGAUUUGUAUUUAAAUAUAAAAUAUUUAAUUUUUUAUUUUUUUCCUCUCACAUGUCUUAAAACUAUGGUAGUGUAAUGGGCACAACUGUACAGAAGUCAUGAUGUUUAGUGUCAUCAAAGUUGACUGUGAAAUAAAGCGUGGAAUAAAAUGUUAAGAGUA